UCUGGGACAAGCCUCAGACCGACUGGGUUCUCGGUCCACACGUAUAAGAGUGAUGGGAAUCCCGAGUGCAUACCAUAGGAAGCGCGCAGUUCAUUCAUUACAAAGCCUGCUACGCUCUGACAUCCGCUCAUCCACCCGCUGGAACCAUGAAGUACACUGCGGUCAUCCUCGCCCUUGCGGCCACCGCUCUUGCUUUGCCCAAAGUCGACCCAGCGACGAUUAACUCACGCGUCGGUCUCAGCGACGUCUGCUACGGCUGCAAGCGCGAGGCACAGCCUGCUGCCGGGACUGUUAACGCUCGUGUGGGUCUCUCGGACAUCUGCUACGGCUGCAAACGGGAGGCCAUCGCCGAGAUUGAGACAAUCGUUCAGCGCGAGGCCCAGCCUGGUGCUGAGACGGUCAACGCGCGCGUUGGGCUGAGCGACGUCUGCUACGGGUGCAAGCGGGAGGCCAUCGAGGCGAUCGAGAACAUCAUUGCGCGCGAGGCGAAGAGGGAUGCGGCGCCAGAGACGGAGAACAAGAGAGUUGGCUUGGACGACAAGUGCUACAUAUGCUAGCCAUCAAUCGACCCAACACACCUCUCGGGUGAGGAGUACGAAGUUCGUAAGAAUCAACAUGAAACUCUCUUUAGCCUCAUCGGCCGACCGGCCAUCCAUAGUUUGCCUUUGGU